AUGUUUGAUAAGCAGACAGAGGAAAUGAAAGCUCUACAGUACUCAAUGCAGUCCCUGAAAGCAACCAAUAGCCCCCCAGCAUCUAACCCCUCCGGCCAUGCAAACUCUUAUCAGGAUGCGGCUCUAGCAAGUCACCUGACAUCAACAAAGUCCUCUUUGGUCUUGAACUGGAUGCAGGGCAAUACCAAUGGAUCCAUUGGCACAAAUGGAACACUAAGCACCUCUCCAAGCAACCAAGCAACCCCAUUUCCACUGAAAACAGACCUGGAGAUCCAUAUCCAAGGUACAGACCACCAGAUCAUCGACCCGUUGCGCCACCAGAAGGAGGCCAAGGUUGUGGAGCAGGCAAACCAGGCCAUUAAAGAAUCAAACAAUGCUAUAAUUGUCCACCGGUCAGUCUCUACAGGCUGCAUCCUGCCCAGCAGGGAUGUUAUCCUGCAUGCAGAGAGCCUGGAAAAUGUGGAACAACUAGCCAGAGCAGCAAAAGACUGGUGCCUCACCUUUGGAGACAAUGCAACCAUCAAAAGAAGAACUUAUCACAUUGUUAUGAACAGUGUCAACUGCAAGCUUGAUCUAGCAGCUGCCCCAGCACACAUUAAGGUGGAUAACUUAGGACGCCUGGCCUCUGCCCCCACAGCAAUCACAUACACUGGGUGGCUUCUUGGUCCUUGACAUAUC